GAGAAAUGGGCAUUGAACGUGUACGAUCGUGACAGUAACUUAGCGAUCGAUCCGGAUGGUCUGCUGUGUCAAAGUCGUGAUCCACAGAAGUGGAAUGGCGCACGUUGUAAUCGAGGUGUUUUUGGUAAAGGGAAAUAUUAUUAUGAGGGCAGCGUCAACGAUAAUGGUUUAUGUCGUUUGGGUUUCUCAACAUCGGAUGCCCUGCUGGAUCUCGGUAUUUUUUUUUGUCUGAAAUAA